AUGCCACCAGAAUCCCCACCGACGACAUCACCCCUCAACCCCACAACCCACCCCACCCCACGCACCACCCUCCUCUCCACCACAUUCUGGGAAGUCCUACCCUCCCACCAAACCCGCAUAACCACACGCCUCACCAAAAUCGCCUACCUCCACUCCCAAACCCACACCUGCAUCCUAGCCACCGACCGCGCCGCCGCCCUCGCCAGUCUAAAAGCCGAAAUCGAAAUGCUCGACCACGACAUUUCCGCCUUGCGCGCCAUUAUCAGGGGCAUCGAUAUCACGGAUCUCGCGGGCCUUUAUGUGGUUGCGGGGCGGAGUGCGCAUCGGGCGCUGCAGCUUGCGAAGGGGGAUUUGGAGGGGCUGGAGGGGAGUUUGAGGGGGAUGGAGGAGAGGCAUUCUUAUUACCAGGUACUUCUUGCUACGUUGGGUUUCCGCUCUCACCCACCACCUGACAAGACCAGCGUAGCCAGCAUGCAGAAACAUUCCUCCAAUACAGAAGUAUCGAGCGAGACCUCCAGCAAUCUAGACACUAAUCUGGUCGUCCUUGGUGAGCGCGCAGAUCGCAUCCUAGCGAGCCUCCACGUACUCCAGAGUAUGGAUCAGAAGGCGCCAAAGACUCGUGGUCGCGUUGAACAGAUGGAUUUCGCUGAGAUUAUACUUUUGCAUACGGAGCUGUUGGAGAACGACCUCAGAACUAUACGAGACAGUGCAGAUAUAUUUGAGGAUGAACACGUAGCUGCGUGGAUCGACAGUGCUGUCGAUAAUGAUGAAAAAGCGUGCAGGGAGAUAGCAAUCACUACGCUUCUGCAGAAACUGGGCGAGUUGAAGAAGGAGAUGGCGGAUGCAUCUGUGAAUAUCUUGGGUCACAAAAGCUGA